CGUCUGACAGCUGCUCGUGCCAUUUCGUUGCCAGGCUGACUGCCAAGUGAUGUACGACGGUGCAAUUCCUUCAUGCACCUUUCUAUUCUUGUAAUCCGGCGGCGAUAGAAAGUGAAAUUCGUGUGAUUAGUGUGCUCCACCUAAAUUGUAUCAAUGGCUGGAAUAUUUUCAAUGGCAUCGCGCCGAUUACCGCGGCACGUGCUGAAAUUGGGUGUUCGUCUUUUGCGUGAAGUUGAGGUUAAGGAAGGAUGCGGCCGAAUCGAACGAGUGGCCUUGAUUCGAAUGCUUUCAGGAUCGCCUGCUGGACAGGAGAAUGUGCCUGGUCAGUUCGCUGCCAAUCGAAAGAUCCUCGCCCGACAAUGGCCUGGCGACCGACAAUUUCACACUUCCAGUGCCUUACUCGAAGUUGUGAAGGUUCCUCCGUUUGCGGAUUCCGUCUCAGAGGGUGAUGUCAAAUUCACUGUUAAAGUCGGCGAUGCAGUUAAAAUGGAUGAUGUUGUGAUGGAAAUCGAAACAGAUAAAACAACGGUAAGUGUUCCAUGUCCCUGUCACGGUAUUAUCGAGGAGAUCUACGUUCAAGACGGUGAUACCGUCAAAGCAGGUCAACAGCUUUUCAAAGUUAAGAAAACGGAUGGACCACCAGCUGCUGCCGCGAAACCAGCAGCCGCAUCUGCACCACCACCACCAAAACCUGCUGCCGCUGGUCCUCCUCCACCGCCAACUCCGAAACCUGCAGCGGCUGCACCCCCACCGCCGCCACCACCACCAGCUGCCCGUCCCCCACCACCACCACCAGCUGGUCAUCCGCCACCACCAAAACCAAGUGCGCCUUCAGCUCAAAUUCCAGUGGCAGCGAUACGACAUGCUCAAGGCAUCGAAGCUUCAGUUAAGGUACCCCCAGUAGACUAUUCCCGCGAAAUCACUGGUACGCGAACCGAACAACGCGUUAAGAUGAAUCGUAUGCGGCAGAAGAUCGCCUCCCGAUUGAAGGAUGCACAAAACACGAAUGCCAUGUUGACUACAUUUAAUGAAGUUGACAUGAGUGCUAUCAUGGAUUUCAGGAAGGGUAACCUGGAAGCAUUCCAAAAGAAAUAUGGCAUUAAGUUUGGCUUCAUGUCAGUGUUUACGAAAGCAUCUGCAUACGCUUUGCAAGAUCAACCUGUUGUGAAUGCUGUUAUAGAUAAUAAUGAAAUAGUUUAUCGGGAUUAUGUCGACAUAUCAGUUGCAGUUGCCACGCCAAAAGGCUUGGUGGUGCCCGUAAUCCGAAAUGUCGAGAGCAUGAAUUACGCUGAUAUCGAAAUUGCAUUGGCUGCCCUCGGCGAUAAGGCAAGGAAAGGUGCAUUAGCUGUCGAAGACAUGGACGGUGGUACUUUUACUAUUAGCAAUGGCGGAGUAUUCGGAUCUUUGAUGGGCACUCCAAUCAUCAAUCCACCACAAUCUGCUAUUCUCGGCAUGCACGGCAUCUUCGAGCGGCCCGUUGCUGUUAAAGGACAAGUUGUAAUUCGUCCGAUGAUGUACAUAGCUCUUACUUACGAUCAUCGCCUUAUUGAUGGACGCGAGGCCGUUAUGUUCUUGCGUAAAGUUAAAGCCGCUGUGGAAGAUCCAAGGAUUAUCCUUCUUGGGCUCUAAGUCUUCAAAAGUUGGAAAAAUCAUUUCACCUUCGAGAAAAUAAAUUAAUGAAGUUGAAAAAAUUAAAUGUAUUAUUUUUCCUCUCAAGCAAAAUUCACGAAACUCAAAUUCUCAUAACUCUCAAUGAUGAAUAGCGUGCGUUAGUCCUACUCUUGAUAGUUUAUCAUCGAACGAAUCGAACUUGAAGAUAAGCGUGUUGCGCUCUUAAGCUGACGGUAGCAGCAGGAGAUAUCCUCGCUAUCGAGCUCCACUUAACUUUUGAUAGCGUCGUUUUAUUUUAUCUAUAGAAAUUAAAUGUAAGGUGCUGCAAUGUAAAAGAAACGUUUUAUCUGUAAGAUAAUCGGAUGACUAGCUAUUCGCCUGAAACGAUAUUAAACCAAAAUGAAACUAAAUAUUUACCGAUUUGUAAAGUUGUUUUUUUUUCUUUCAUUCAACGCUAACGACAUUUUGGAGACUCACUCUACUUUGCGUUUUUUGAUGAACUAAUGCUGCCAUUUGAUAUGUACGUCCUUAAUUAUUGAAUAUUGUGUUGUAGUCCUGUUUUGAUGUUCGUUAUUUUCACUGAAAGAAUUUAUUUGGUCAAAUAAUGCUAGUACUUUAUGUGGCCACUCCUUUGUUUUGUAUAUGGUACGAAGAUCGUAGUAAUUAAGCUAGUCCCAUCUCCCCCAGUUAACGAAACUACACGGCCCUACGCGCCGCGCAGCAAAUAUUAUUAGAUAUUCACUGUUCUCUAGGAUAAUCCUCAAUGUAACAAUAUGUACUAUUGAUGAAAGUCAACACAUAAUAAAACAAAUUGUUUAGA